GUACGACGAAAAGGGGCGGUGGGACCUUUUCGCUUCCAAAGCCGCCUGCUGGUGUCGCGGACUAUUAAAGUCUCUGACUGGGAGUCGGGAUGAUCAGGGGCGGAAAACCCAAGAAUAGGCAAAAGGGAGAGCUGCUUCCAACCGCCGGCUCCCGAGUGCGGAGACCGGCAAGGUACGGCUGACGGCGCGGGAGGAGCAGACGCUGCACUGCCUGAGCGAUGCCACCUGUGGCCUUCUGGAGCACGUCUGGGUAGAGAGAUGUCUUGUAGGCCAUUCUGCAUUUUUUUUUUUUUUUGCGGAAACACAGCACUUCCACCUUCAGUGUCCACCUCCAAACGUCUUGGCUUUUUCCUCUCGGGUAUUCCAAGUACGGAAACGCCGAAAGCCCCAGCUAUAAUUUGGCCUUCUUCCCGAAUCGCUUCCCAGACUGCGCACGCUUCUUGUUAAUCUAGUCAACUUGGAAAGAGAACAGCCCAUCUUCACCACCCGAGCGCACGUCUUCCAGAUUGACCCCAGCACCAAGAAGAACUGGGUCCCUGCAAGCAAGCAGGCAGUCACUGUUUCCUACUUCUAUGAUGUCACCAGGAACAGCUACCGGAUCAUCAGCGUUGAUGGAGCGAAGGUGAUCAUAAACAGUACAAUCACCCCAAACAUGACUUUCACCAAAACCUCGCAGAAGUUCGGGCAGUGGGCUGACAGCAGAGCCAAUACAGUGUUCGGCUUGGGCUUCUCCUCUGAGCAGCAGCUGACAAAGUUUGCAGAGAAAUUCCAGGAGGUGAAAGAAGCAGCCAGGCUAGCCAGAGACAAGUCCCAGGAAAAAAUCGAGACCUCAAGUAAUCAUUCCCCAGAAUCUGGGUGUGAAACCCCAUCUUCUACUCAGGCAUCCAGCGUCAAUGGGACAGAUGAUGAAAAGGCCUCACACGCAGGUCCGGCUGACACGCACCUCAAGUCUGAGAACGACAAGCUGAAAAUCGCUUUGACACAGAGUGCUGCAAAUGUGAAGAAGUGGGAAAUUGAGCUGCAGACCCUGCGGGAGAGCAACGCCCGGCUUACCACAGCACUGCAGGAGUCUGCGGCCAGUGUGGAGCAGUGGAAGAGGCAGUUCUCCAUCUGCCGGGAUGAGAAUGAUCGACUCCGCAGCAAGAUCGAGGAGCUGGAAGAACAGUGCAGUGAGAUAAACAGGGAAAAGGAAAAGAAUACCCAGCUGAAGAGGAGGAUUGAGGAGCUGGAGUCUGAACUUCAAGAAAAGGAGACGGAGUUGAAAGAUCUCCAAAAACAAAGCGAAAUCAUACCUCAGCUCAUGUCAGAGUGUGAAUAUGUCUCUGAGAAGUUAGAGGCAGCAGAAAGAGACAAUCAAAACUUGGAAGACAAAGUGCGGUCUCUGAAGACAGACAUUGAAGAGAGUAAAUACCGGCAGCGCCACCUGAAGGGGGAGUUGAAGACCUUCCUGGAGGUGCUGGAUGGAAAGAUCGACGACCUCCAUGACUUCCGUCGAGGCCUCUCCAAGUUAGGCACAGAUAACUAAGACUGGGUGGAGCCUGGGUCUGAGUCCUGUGUGUGUGAGGUGACGUAGGAUUAGGACAGUUUCUCCUUUGUGUUGCUUCUAUAAAUGCAGGCGCAUACUGUCGUGUCUCCAAACCAGUUGUUCUGUCCUCUCACUCCUCUCCAGAAUAGAAACAUCUCUCACUGCUCUGACCUUGUGAGGUUGUGGACAACUGGAAGCUUCUGACUCAGGAAUCCAGAAUGUGGUCUACCUUAAACAUUUACACAGUUAGGGCAGGAAUGUUUAUAUCUUUCUUUGAGGGAUGUUGCAACCUUAUGAACUGGAAAAAGCAAAGUAUUUCCUAAUCCAAAUAUCAAUAUCCUUUACAACAGGCCAUUGAGCAUCUCUUAUUGGGUAACAUUCAGAAUGUGACUCUCCAUCAGGCUCCAGUCCAUGGGUGCAUGGAGGAAGCAUCAUCUCUCAGUAAACAUUUUGAUGCUUUAGCAGACAUGUCCAACCUUUUGACAUUGCCAUGUGACAUCAUCAUCCACAAAGUUCACACUUGAACUGCACAAUUAAAUUCCAGAAACAAUUGAAAGGAAAUCUCACUAUGUUUUAAGUUACGAUUUUUGUGUUGGAUCACAUUUAUAACUGUCCUCUGCUGCAUGUGGCCCAUGGGCUGUAGGUUGGAUAUACCUGAUUGAAAGCACCCAACUAGUGGAGACUUACCAGGAGAAAGAAAAAAAAUUGAGGGGGGGGUGUGCUUUCUGGCAAAGGAAUCGUCUGCAUCUAUGAUGUCCCAUCCUCCCCCAAUCUGUAUGGUUGUGACAAUGUUCCUUUUCUUGGGUUUUCAUUUCAGAGCAAAUGCUAAUGCUGUGGAAACAGCCUGCAGUGAGGGUGCCUAGCACAGUGCCAGGCACAAAAUAGGUGCUUAAUAAACAUCAUUCAGUUAAAUAUGUAAACAGAAUUUAGCUUCUUAAUCAAAUCCCACAGCAGAAUUCAGACUCUUGUUGAAUGAUACACCAUCUUUGCUGUGCUGGGAUAGUUAUCAGAAAUGACAAUUUACUGUGGUCAAACCUAGAGGUGGCUUAUAGGACAGAGGGCAAUGGACCAUCCCAUCAGGAGCCCAGCCAUAAUGUUCUGCCCCUUGAGGAGAUUGCCCUUAGGAUCACCUUCUUUAGGUGCAGGGGUAGGGGGGUGGCUGUAGCCUGAGGAUUUUAGGAUGCAGAAUAUGCAUGGCUGUAGGGGCUUCCCAAGCUGGGACUGUAUGAUGGGUUUGAACAACUGAGAGAAAAUCCUGCAGGCCCAUGAGAGUGAGAUUCCUGCCUCAACUGGCAAGCCUGGGUCUCAGUGACAGAGAUCCUCUGCCCAGGUCUGCUUGUUGCCAUAAACCACUGGUCUCACAUAGAGCUUCUUAGUGGAGCCAGUGGGCAUUCAGAUCCACGAGCAUCCUUCAUUAGAAGAGAUUGCCCACAUGAGGCAAUGAUCUCCCCCAUGUCCAUGACUCCCCCAUACUUUUAAAUGCCUUGGGAAAGGUGAGACUUUGGUGUCCCCUACUCCUCUAAUAACCGCCUAAGCGUUUCCCCCUAGAUAUAUGUUCACACAGGGUUAGAAUGAGAAAACAACCCAAGGAGGAAACUGGUUCACAUGGACAUGACCAAGGCCCUGUGGUGAUUUCUGAGUCCUUGGCUCUUCUUGUCCUAGCUAAGCAGUCUCUCUGAGCAAUGAAGUCUUACUUGGCAUAAGAAAGGAGGGAAGGCUGGUGAUAUGGAAUGCUAAAAUAUAUUAGGGGAGACCCCACAGAUUGAGGGGUCUUGAGCACACAGGACUCUUAGGAGGAAAUAGACAGCACUGUCAGCCCUGGUAUGAUCUAGCCCAGGACACUGCCAGCCCUGCCCUCUCGUCACAGCUCCCGAUGGCUCUCAAGACAGUAGCAGCUCCCUACUGGUAUACCAGGAGAGCAGAGAAGUGGGCUGGCUGUGGCCCAGCAUGGGGUCAAAGGAGACUCUUCUUAGGCUAGCCUGGCCCCUCUGUCUGUCAGCAACAUGGGCACAUGGCUGGCUGCCCAAGAGCAGUGGACCCUGGGAUCCCUCCAUUCAGACUUCAGAUGACUGCGCCUCCAUCUCCAGGUGAUCACUCAUCUAAAAGGAUAUCUCUUGGCUGACUGGAGCAUGAUCCAGUGACAUGGUCGUAUGAAGGUAGUUGCUAAGACCACGCCCUCAUGCUCAUGGCAGUGACUUCAGAAUGUGUUCCAAAUGUAGAAAGUUCUGGAAGUCAUUACCAAGUAGGCUGCUGUGAGGUCAAGACCCACAACCCCUUUUAUUAGCCACUGAAGAGUUCAGCAAACUUCUUGUAGCUAGUAGGUAAGGCUAACAGUCCUUGUACUGUUGGGCUCAACCAGCCCUAAACUGUCACAGCCCAGGAGCUGACAGCCUAAGGACUCCUCUAAAGGGGAGCUAGGUUCCACAGUAAAACCAUAGAACUCCACAAAAGCACCGAACCUCCAUUCCAUCUGCUUUUCUCUAAAGAUCUUGUUUCUUCAUUUGUUUUCCUUUGAGAAAAAUAAUGGCCCAGAAACAACUUGAGCAGUCAAAAGGGGCUGGCCCUGUCUGCAGCCUCUGGCACUGCAAAAGGUAGGCUUCAUAUAGUACAAAUGGCCCACUGAAAUUGUUCAGUGUUCACUCAGAUACUAUGACAGACCCUCAUUUAUUACAAUGUCCAGCCCGGUCUUGGGACUGUUGUCAUGACCUCAAACCUGUGCAGGUGGGUGGGAGCUGUUCCCUCCCAAGCCAUUGCAGCUGCACCACGUUGCCUGUAGAACCCGGACUACAUUUCUGGUUUCCAAAUGAGCUCUGUUUUUAGCAUUUCCAAGGUGGCGGUCUGUACCUUGAUUAGCUUUCUUUCUACAAUGAUUCACAUGAGUCCAAGUAAAAGGCAGAACCCUUUAACCGCAGUACUUAAAAAUAUAAUAACUUUCAUUCCAAUCAAGACCCAAGUGGAUGCAUUUCUAAGUUGAAGCUGGCACGGAAAGAGGACAUCUUUCUGGUGCACAGGAAAUGUGAAGCCACUAAAAGACAGGUUGGCCAGAUCUUGAUGGGAAGGAGAAGCAGACCCCAUACUAGACCUGUGACCAUCUCCUUCCAUUUCAUCUCCCCAGGAGCCAUCACUUUAGACCUUAAUUGGAUGAAAGAGCUAGGCAGAGAUUGCUACUGAUAGGAAGCAAAGGCAGAAUGGCCACCCAGCUGGGAACAGCAGCGUGAGCCCUAUACCCAGGUCUCCUGGACGUCAGUCCGCUAUUUUCUUAUGAGCCACAUCACUCUUCUCCCUUUGGUGACCCUUAGGUGGGUUUAUAGCAAAGAACAGCUUACACAGGAGUGAGGCAGAAUUAGACUUAAUAAGUUCCAUUUUGUAAUGAUUCUGGUUUAUAGUCACCUGUCCAAUUAUCUCUGUGCUCUGAGAUGCCAGUUCAGUGGAACACAUACUGGCUUUAAAUUCUUCACUGAUGGCUUAAUGGAAACAGAGUCCUCUUUUGAAAAGAGGUGAAAGAGGCCAGGCAUGAUGGCUCAUGCCUUUAAUCCCAGCACUCAGGAGGCAGAGGCAGGCAGAUCUCUGUGAGAUUGAGGCCAGCCUGAUCUACAUAGUGAGUUCCAGGCCAACUGGGGUUACAGGGAGACCCUGUCUCAAAAAGACAAUUAACUAAUUAAAAUAAAUAAAAGCAAAAGGCCUGAGACUGCAAAUGUAGACAGCUUUCUGGUUCAAAGAGCACCAGUCUAAGAUGAGCCAGAGCUGGACAGAGGCAGACUUGUCCAGUGCUUAGAGCAGAUUGCAUGAGUGAAAGACUGCUACUCAGCCUGCAGGCUGCACAGGCACAGCCUCCAGCAACAUGCUGGGCAGUACUGCAUUUGAUGUGAGACAUCAAAUAGAGUGUGGCAUGUGAUACAGUUCACGUGCUCCCUGGAAGCAUCACAGCCCAUUUUGCAAGUGGCCCUCCCUUUUUCUACAAAGUCUCCUUUUCUACAGACUCCAGAGGUGACUUUGGAUGAGACUCAGGUGUGCCACAGACCUUAUCCUGAGACCUGGCAUGUGAGCUAGUAUAGGCACUGACAGGAGGCUGCUCUAUAGGAGGUGCUAGCCACCACUCUGCUAACACUGAAAGUGGGUUGUUUGUACCAUCCACCCUUCUAGAAGUUACAAUUCUUUGAUUCAUGGGAACAUCACUGGAUUUUGAAGCAUUUGCAAUAUAGACUAGAAGCUUUCAAAUCAAUAUCCAUACAUGUUCUGAGUGAUGUGCCUGCAUUAAAUGAACCAUGAUUUCUGAGUACAUGGCUUCCCCAAAGACAUAUCCUGUAUUCUGGGUACAGUGAGUAUGAUGGCAUGGAGGGGGAGUCCUGAAUGGAAAUGUGUCAUUUACAUGUAUUUUCCUUGUACCUGUCUCAAGAAUGUAAGUCCUUUUUAAAACAGGCCUAGCAGGUGGUUGUGGUACGGAUUUUGAGCUCUAUGGAAUGUUCUGGUGAAUUUAGGACUAGCAUAUAUGUGCAUGAGUGUGUAUGUGUGUGUGCAUGAGUGUGUGCAUGUGUGUAAGUGUGAGUGCAUGUGUGAGUAUAGCAGGGGGAAGCAGCAAGAGGGAAGCAGGAGAAACCAUUGGGAAGAGUUUGGUCAAAACUAUAUACCCAGGAGGGAUCUCUCUUUGCGUAUUUCUGGUGAUGAUGCUAAAUGUUCUGGAAUCCACUUACAAGACUUGUUGGGUCUUCUGUUUAGUGUGGAAUUGUACAGUGCCCUAUUCUCUUUGGCAGGGCAGCACUUGCUGCAGAGUGGUCUCCCGGCCACAGGGACCCCUGGCAGGAGCCCAGAUGAGCCACAGUGGAGUCCAAAUGCCUACAUUAUGUCAGGUGAUUGGCAGGACUGAUGUGCUGGGGACUCGUUGCUGUCCCAUCCUCCCCACCUCCCCCUGUACUUUAGGUAGAAAGUCCUUUCAGUCCCUGUAGCAGUGUCUUGUGAUGUAACAGCAAGAAGACAUUUCUUACAUCAGCUGAAAGAGAAUACUACAUAUGAGUUGGAUAAGUAACCUCUUCCAAGAGUACUAUUUUUUUUCUUUUUAAAUGCUUUUUUGGUACUAAGUAAUAUGUACUUUUUUUUUAAAAAGAAAAUAAAAGCUAAAGAUAAAUAAAAAGAAAAAACCACCCGUUGUUACACCAUCUGGUUAUAACCACUGUUAACAUAUCUGUCUCUUCAGGCUUUUUAUCCAUGCAUCUGUUUUUGCUUUAUUGCUUUUGCCAUGAAAUAUAAUCAUCUUAACCAUACUGUCCUAUAACUUGCUUUUUUUUUCUUUCAACACUAUAUUGUGAAUGUAUUUCUAUAUCAGUAAAUAUGUAAUUAUGCCUUUUUUAAUGCUCCGUAGGUCAGAACUUGGAUAUUUAGGCUGUUUCCAAUUUUCUACUCUUGUAGUCAGGACAUGGCAAAAUUAUUCUGACAUCUUUGUAAACUUUUCAGAGUAUUUACUUAAAAUAAAUUUCUAAAAUUGAA